AUGGAGGAUGCUGAAUUAAAUGCACUGGAAUCUUACUUUACGAUUGAAAAUGACCAUGUCUGUCUAAAUAAAGGUGUGAUUACCGAUUUAGAUGAUGAAGGUGGCUCAGCCUCAAGUGGUUGUGCGAUUACUAGUACACCUGGUAUCGGAAAAACAUUUUUUGGUCUAUAUCUACUCUUUUACAUUCGCUACAAUUACCCUGAUGCCAUAAUAGUCUGGCAAUUUGCCGAAAAAAUUUGUUAUCAAUUCUCACCGGACGGUAAUGUGCAAAAAGGAGAUAUUAGCCUGUUUGACAAGACACUGGAUAAUCCUAAUAACUUCCUUCUAGUUGAUGCGCAAGCUUUGACAUUUCAAUGUGAUGCAUAUAUGAUUUUGUUCACAUCGCCGAAAUUAGAAAGAUUCAAUGAGGCUGUUAAAUGGCAAGGUUUUACUCAAUACUACAUGCCGGUUUGGGAUCGAGAAGAAAUCAUCACGCUUUGGUCCCUUCAAUAUAAGAAUAAGAAAAAUAGUAAAGGUGAAGAGUUCACACUUGAAUUAGUUGGGGAAUUGUUAGGCAAGUGGGGUCCAAUACCCAGGUCAGUUCUUUUAAAGUGGGACGAUGUGGCAUAUCAGCGGAAAUACCAACAAUUAAUUGAUGAAGUCAACUUAGAAGAUUGUAUAAACUCUAUUGAUAAGUCAGGCAUGUCUGCAGGCGCCAUUAGCGCACAUAAGGAAUAUUAUAACAGACCAAAAUCAAAGACAUUUGCAUCGAUUGAUUCUUUUAGCCUCAAUAACAAGACCUUGGACCUGUACCAAAUUACUGUCUCAACAAAUCAUAGUAUGAAAGAUGUGAAAGACUUUAAUUUAUACUUUGUCGUGCCACCGGACAUUUUUGAAACAUUUCACCCGCAAAGAUACAAGACAGCCAAAGGUGAAGAUUGUCAGAAAAUUCCGGGAUGGAUUAAUAAUAUAACCCAAUAUGUACUAGAGAUCAACUUGGGAAUUAGUAAUAAAGGCGCGAAAAAACGAACUAGUGAUACAUCGGGAGAUGAUGAUAAUGAGAAAGCAUCAGAGAAGGAAAUGGAUAAUAAAGACAUAAAAAAACGGAAAACGGAAAAGAUUGAUGCGAUUUCGGAAGACGAUAGUGAUGCGAUGUUUGUAGAGGAUGAAAGUGGUGAGACGUCAAAAAAAGGAAAGAAUAAGAAAGACCAGAGCACAGAAUCAAAGACUCAUGAAAACUUAACCUCCGAAUAUUUGGAGUGGCAAACUAAAAUUAUUGUAUUGCCAGGUAUUUCAAUAGAUGAGAUUCGUCCCAAGUUAUAUAAAAAGUAUAAAAAAGAAACUGGCCUUGAUCCCUGGAAAAACGAUAAUAUGGAUAAAGCUCUAACUCCUGAAUAUUUGGAGUGGCACGCCAAAUUAACUGAUUUACCAAGCAUUUUGUCAGAUAAACUUCAUGAGAUUACUGAACUUAAAAAGGAGAACAUCAAAAUUAAAACUGAGAAUACAGAGUUAAGACAGGAUUUAGAUGAAUUUAAAAAAGAACUAGAGUCUAAGAAAAACUGUAAAUUUCAGGAAAAAUGUAUCCUAAUAGCUCAAGUAUUGCUUGGAGAAAAGCCGAUAAUUGAGUAUCGUCCUCCCUUCUUGAAUGGAUUGGAACUUGAUGCCUUCUUUCAAAAAUAUCAAAUCGCGUUGGAGGUACAAGGAGCCCAACAUCGGUUUCAUAAUACUAGCUGGUAUAAGGAUAUUAAAAAACUCGAAGAUAUUGUUAAUCGUGAUCGUCUAAAAAGAUGCAUGUGCCAAGAUAAUGGAAUUUUCCUACUUGAAGUGUGGUACGAUGAAAAUCCAGAAAAGGUCAUUCCGGAAAGAAUACAAAAAAUUAAGAACUUUGUUAAUCAAGCGUUUAAA